UUUUCACUUUCUCUCACACACACACAUACACUUUCUGUAUCUAACAGCAAAACUGUAAUCUUCAUUUUCCCCCAAAUUUUCCGAUGGCGGAUAAUCGGAGAGGCUACGAACAACCGACGAACGCCGCGCGAAAGAAAAGGAAGCUGGAAGACGAGUUCAUCAUCGCCGAUCAACGAAUCGAUUUUUCGCAACAAGAAGAUGUAGAGUCUGAAAUCCGUGCUCAGAUUCAAAUACUAUCAGAGUGUAAUUUUUCUUCGAAUGAAUCAGAUCGCGCGUUAGCUAAACGCUGUAUUCUUACUCUGGCUGAUUUUGCUAAGAACGAGGAAAUGGUGAGCAUGUUUUUUGAGUUCGGUGUUGUGCCAGCUCUGGUACAACAUCUUCAAGAGCCACAGUGGCCAGAUGAGGUUGUUCCUGGAUUGAGGCCAUAUGAGCAUGAGGUGGAGAAAGCAAGUGCCUUUACCCUUGGACUUCUUGCGAUUAAGCCUGAGCAUCAACGUUACAUAGUUGAUGCUGGAGCCCUACCUUAUCUUGUUGCUCUGCUUAAGAGGCAUAUGGAUGGCCAAAGUUCUCGAGCAGCCAAUGGUGCGAUAAGGAAAGCAGCUGAUGCAAUCACCAACCUUGCUCAUGAAAAUAGCAGUAUCAAGACCCUUGUUAGGAUUGAUGGUGGAAUUCCCCCUCUUGUUGAAUUGUUAGAAUCCACUGAUGCAAAAGUACAGAGAGCUGCAGCAGGAGCCUUGCGUACACUAGCUUUCAAAAAUGAUGAAAACAAAACUCAGAUAGUGGACUGUAAUGCUCUGCCCACUCUUGUUUUAAUGCUCCAGUCAGAAGAUGUUGCAAUACACUAUGAAGCGGUUGGUGUAAUUGGCAAUCUUGUUCACUCAUCUCCAAAUAUAAAGAAACAAGUUCUUCUUGCAGGAGCAUUGCAGCCUGUAAUUGAAUUGCUUAGUUCAACCUGUUCAGAAAGCCAAAGAGAAGCUGCCUUACUUCUUGGACAAUUUGCUGCUGCUGACACGGACUGCAAGGUCCACAUAGUUCAAAGAGGUGCUGUUGGUCCAUUAAUUGAGAUGUUGGAGUCUCCAGAAACUCAACUAAAGGAAAUGUCGGCCUUUGCACUCGGGAGGUUGGCGCAGGACACUCAUAACCAAGCUGGAAUUGCCUAUUGUGGGGGCAUUGCUCCAUUAUUGAAACUUCUUGAUUCUAGGAAUGGCACUCUGCAACACAAUGCUGCCUUUGCUUUGUAUGGUCUUGCAGAUAAUGAGGAUAAUGUUGCUGAUCUUGUAAGGCUUGGUGGUGUUCAAAAGCUGUUGGAUGGUGAAUAUAUGGUUCAACCAACUCGGGAUUGUACGGCAAAGAUGCUGAAAAGAUUGGAGGAGAAGAUUUGUGGAAGGGUUUUGAGAUACUUGCUGUACAUAAUGCGUACUGCUGAGAUCAGUGUUCAACGACGAGUUGCCUUGGCUCUUGCUCACAUCUGUUCACCUGAUGACCUGCAAGCAAUAUUUGUCGACAACAAUGGACUAGAUUUACUUUUGGAGCUUUUACAAUCACCAACCCAUUCAACAAAGCAUCGGGUAGAUAGUUGUGUCGCUUUACUUAAGUUAGUUGAAAAGGCUACCUCACUUUCUCCUGUGGAUGCAGGACCGUCAUCUCCAAUAUCUCAGGUGUAUCUGGGUGAGCAAUAUGUGAACAACCCUACACUUUCGGACGUAACUUUCCUCAUUGAAGGUGAACGAUUUUAUGCUCACAGGAUUUGUCUGCUUGCUUCUUCGGAUGCAUUCCGGGCCAUGUUUGAUGGUGGUUACAAGGAGAAAGAUGCUAGAGAUGUCAAGAUUCCAAAUAUUAAAUGGGAGACAUUUGAGUUAAUGAUGAGGUUCAUAUACACUGGAUCAGUAGAGGUAAAUUUGAGAAUAGCCCAUGAUCUUCUUAGAGCUGCUGAUCAAUAUCUUCUUGAUGGGCUUAAGCGUCUUUGUGAAUACACCAUUGCACGGGAUAUACGGGUUGAAAAUUUAGCUCUAAUGUACGAGUUAUCAGAGUCUUUCAAUGCCGUGUCACUAAGAAAUGCAUGCAUUUUGUUUGUUUUGGAACAUUAUCGCCAAAUAGAAUCAAAACCAUGGUAUGCUAGUCUGGCCCCGCGAAUUUUACCAGAGAUCCGAAAUUACUUUCUGACAACGCUUACCAAGCCAGUGGAAAACAACUUGCAGCAAUAGAUGAUGACUGUAGGUUCAUUUUUUAUUACUUAUAAGAUAAGAUGUAUAGAAUGUACUUGUUUAUAUUGAAGAAUUUAAUCUGUUAGCAGUACUACUGAAUUGAACAACUGUUGGUGUAACUGCCAUUUUGCAAAUUAAUUAUCCGUGAUUGCUCA